AUGUCUGAAAGCAGCAUACCGUUCCCUGAUAUUGAUCCAUACCAAGUGCUACAAGUACAACAAUCGGUGUCGGAGACCGAGCUCAGAAAAUGUUACCGAAAGCUGAUGCUUCGUUAUCAUCCUGAUAAGACCAAAGACUGGACUCCAGAGGCCAAAGAGAAGUUCCACAAGAUUCAAUUCGCGUUUGAGAUCCUUGAGAAGUUCAGAGAUGUCUACGACAAGACUGGCUCCGUGGAAGCCUGCUUCAACGGCACAGAUCUCGAGAAUUGGAAGGACCUAUUCGACACGGAUGUGGUGAUUGACAAAGACACCAUUGAACAAGAUAAAGUGAAAUACAGGGGAAGUUCUGACGAAACUCAAGACAUUUGCGACUCGUGGCGCUCCAACGAACAGGAAAAGCCCAAGAAGCGGUACGUGCCUGACGAAGACCAAUUCGCCCUGCUAUUCCAAGAAAUCCCCCACGUCGAAGCCAACGAAGAGGAUGAAGGCUAUAUCUACGACAGAGUGUCCAAGAUGCUGAAGGACGGCCUCAUUCAAGACAACAACGGUAGUUUCGCGCGCUGGACGCAAAAUCGCGCCAAAUAUCUAAAAGGUCUCCAGAACCGGCUCGCCAAAGAAGCGAAACUCGCGGCCAGCAUGCUUUCCGACAUGAAAUCUAAGUCUCAACCCGUCGACGACGAGGACCAGCUUCGUCAGCUCAUCCAGAAGAAGAACAAGACCUCGUUCGACUCUCUUAUUUCCAAGUUGGAGUCUCAAGCUGUUGCAAAAGGCCAGCGCAAGGGCAAGAAGAACAAGAGAGCCCAUGCCGAAAUUGACGACGAAGAGUUCGCUAAGCUGAGGGCCAAAGUCACCAAAAGGCGUGGCUAG